UCAUCCUUCCUUCCUUCCGCCCUCUUUCUUUCGUUCCAUCGACACGGAUAUCAUCGGCGAUCAGAAAAGCAAUUCGCAAAGAAUUGAAGGACUUGAGAACAGAGGAGAAGAUGCCGCCGCCGCCUGCAGCAGGAGGAGGCGGUGACGGGGCCCAGCAACAGAGGGCCCCCGGCUUUGGCCUCUCCGGCAUCGUCCGCAUGAUGGUCUUUUGGUACUUCGCGUCCAAAUUCUUCUCCCCUAAGAAGCCCGCUACUGACCCCGCCAUCCUCAUGUCCAAUCUCUUCCAAAAGGGCGAAUCCUUGGAUAUGUGGCUCUAUCUCACUGAACAUGAAAGGUUCAAUGAAUUUGGCAAUGAUGCUGCGCUUGUUUGGCAUGAAACGAGUAUCCCCUAUGCUGUCUGGGGACCUGAGAGUACUCGGACACUUUCUUUGAAGUAUCACCCUUCCGAGGCUUUGAAGCGCAAUGGGAGUCUAUAUGCUCAUGUUUUCUUUGCGCGUUCUGGAUAUCCUCCAGAUCCUAAUGACCCAGAGUACCAGCCUCUUGCUGCUUUUGGGAGGACACACUCUGUCGUAGCAUAUUUUCCCAAGUCAAAAGCAGAUAAGCGGAGACAUCUGCUUGGAAUUAGCGAAGGCUCAGGCGAGGCUGAGAAAGUGUCUGAGGCUAUCGAAGAGGAUAAGGAUGAAGGCCCUGUUGAAUGGGCUCCAUAUUGGAAGCCAAAUGUUACGAUUAAUCUCGUUGAUGAUUUUACACGGUAUCCCAAUAAUGCCGUCCCACCAAACAUAGCUCCUUACUUGAAUGUCGAGCCUCGUUCAGGGAAUUAUUAUCCAAGUAUCUUCUUCAAUGAAUUUUGGUUGCUCAGAGAUAAGCUGAUAGCGAUUAACGAGACAGUGGAAGAAUUGCCACUUAAUCUGGAAGUGGGUCCAAUCAGCAUGACCAAGUGGCAACUAUUCUUACAGAUUGAUCAGUCAUUCCAGAUCCAUCGUAGUUAUGGAAGUAUGCUUGAAGGCGAGGCAGAUGAAUUAAAGAGGGUCUUCUUGGAAGGGAAUCCUUAUCUGCUGGUGAUCACAACUGUUGUUUCGUUGCUGCAUUCAGUAUUUGACUUCCUGGCAUUUAAGAAUGAUAUCCAGUUUUGGAACAAAAACAAGUCUAUGGAAGGACUCUCGGCAAAAUCAGUUGUUGUGAGCUUCAUAUCGCAGCUCAUUGUUUUCCUCUAUCUACUGGACAAUGACACAUCAUGGAUGAUACUUGCUAGUUCUGGGGUCGGCUGCUGUAUUGAGUUCUGGAAAAUAGGGAAAGCCAUGAUCAUAGAGAUUGAUAGGAGUGGCAGGAUACCCAUGCUGAGGUUUCGUGAUCGGGAAUCGUAUGCUGGGAAUAAGACAAAAGAGUACGACGAUCUUGCCAUGAAGUAUCUGUCCUAUGUCCUUUUCCUCCUCGUUGCAUGCUCGUCAGUCUACUCCCUCAAGUAUGAGCGCCACAAGAGCUGGUAUUCUUGGAUCCUCUCUUCAUUGACGAGCUGUGUCUACAUGUUCGGAUUUAUCAUGAUGUGUCCUCAGCUGUUUAUAAACUACAAGCUGAAAUCAGUGGCUCAUCUUCCCUGGAGGCAGAUGACAUACAAGUUCCUAAACACCAUCAUAGAUGACCUUUUCGCCUUUGUCAUAAAGAUGCCAACACUCCAUAGGUUGUCCGUCUUCCGUGAUGAUGUGAUAUUCUUGAUAUAUCUGUACCAAAGAUGGGUAUAUCCAGUUGAUAGGUCACGUGUCAAUGAGUUUGGCUUUGGCGGUGAAGAUGAUCAAGCAGCAGCUUCUCGUGGGGAGGAGGCAGCUGCUUCUGCUAUUGAAGGCGAUAAGAAGACCAACUGAGCUUUUCAUUUUCAUUACUGUUAUGACAUUAGAUCAUUGUUUAAGCUUAAAGUUUAACACUGACCUGAAAGUGGGAUUCCGUCCUUGCUAGGAGGAAUUCUUCAUCUAUCCUCUCAUUUACGCCGUAGGUGAUUAUUAUUAGGUGGUGGUUUUGUAGAAUUAUCAUCGUUGUUUUCUCUAUCUUUUCUAUAGACAAAAGAAAUAAUCAUUAAUAGAAUUUCCAUUUUCCCCUGAA